AUGGCGGUGAGGAGAUGCUAUAGAUGCAACCAACCCGGGCAUCUCCAACGUCAAUGCAGGGCAAGACUUCCAGGAGACUACGUGGAGCAGAGACAGCAAUCGACGCAGAAACGUAAGCAGAAGGGGUUUUCUUCAGAGAAGGAAAACACACAUUCUGCUCAUUUUGUGUCUGCAUUUUCUCGGGAGGAGAGGAAGAUACCUCGAGGAACAUGGUUGCUGGACUCUGGCAGCAGCAGGAUUAUCUGCAAUAGUCGGGAGGACUUUAAGUCCCUGGGGAAGCCAGCUGAUGGAAAAGAAAAGCUGAUAGAUUAUCUUGCUGAUGGUCGUAGAAGCAAGAUUGAUGGCCAGGGAACAUGUUUCCUGCAGUGCUUGAACGCUACUCUACCAGAGACUCUGUUUGUCAGCAGUUUGGACUAUUGUUUACUGUCUGUAAGCUGUUUGAUUAAUGCAGGGUAUAGUGUUAAGUUCACGCAGGAUGGCUGUCUGAUAAAGAAUGGAACUCAGGUAUGUGGCCAUGCAAAGAUGGAGAAUGGGUUAUAUGUAAUGCAGGACAAGCCUGUUAAAGCAGCCCAGGUGGUUCAGGAUAAUUUGCCAGUUCAUCAGGGGUGUGUACAUGAAUUGCACAGAAAACUGGGUCACGCCAAUUUCCGUGUGCUUUCAGAGAUGCAAAAGGUGUGCAAGAACCUAAAAGUAAAUAGCUGUAACUGUUUCCUAGAUUGCAAUGUAUGUAAAAUGGCCAAAUCUAAGAGGAAGCCUGUGGCUUCUAAAAGUGACAGAGUAUCUAAAGAGGUUUUAGAACUUGUCCAUUGUGAUGUGAUAGGUCCUUUCCCACAGAAGACUGAAGGGGGCGCCAGAUAUGCUUUUCUGGUAAUAGAUAAUAAAUCACGUUUCAGUUGGUUGUUUUUGUUAAAGCAGAAAUCUGAGUGUUUCCCCACAUUCAGAGAAUGGGUUGCCCAAGCUGAAAAGCUCUUCGCUCGCCCUGUUGUGCAGUUGCAAACAGAUAGGGGCGGAGAAUUUCUGAACAAACAAUUUGGGACAUGGUUGCAACAUAAGGGGAUCACUCAUCGCUUGACUAACCCUUAUAGCCCUGCUGAAAAUGGUCUGUGUGAAAGACGUGGGGCUGUAAUACAGUCAGUAAAGGACUGCCUGCUAGUGGAUGCAGGAUUGGGUCACAACCAUAGGCUGUGGGGCGAGGCUCUUCUUACAGCGAACUUUUUGAUUAAUAGAACCUGGUCUAGCUCUAUAAAAGAUAUUCCUUAUCGUUUUUUGUUUGGAAAAGAACCAGAGUGGACAAUGCUCCAUAAUUGGGGUGCUUGGGCACAUGUAAAUAUCCCCAAAGCUCAGCGCCAGAAAGGGGGCGCUAGAGCGCAGAAACUGCGGUUUGUGGGAUAUCAGUCCUAUGGCAAAGGGUGGUGUUUCAAUUUACGCCCAGGACGCGUGGUUCUGUCACAAAGUGCAGACUUUGCUGACCAGGACAGAUGGACUGUGAUCCAUGCCAACCCUGAUUGCCUACUGCCCCUGCAAGUAAGAGAAGAGGCUUCUUCUCAGCCAUUGGCAACACAGGAGCAGGAUGAGGAAGAGGCACAGAUUUCCCCAAAAGAUGUGGCAAUAGAUAAUACUUAUUCUCUAGAGGAAGAGGAAGAAGAGCCAGAAAUAAGGGGGGAAGAAGAAGUAGUUGUGCCUAGGCGCUCCCAGCGUUCAAACAAGGGUGUACCUCCUCAACGUUUGACCCUAGGAGGAGUAAGAGUAUGCAAUGUGAGUUGUGUGGAACCACAAAGUUAUAAUGAAGUCUUAGACUUACCCCCUGGGGAACGUGCUUUGUGGGAACCAGCUAUGAAAGAAGAAAUGGACUCUUUUAAACGUAACAAAGUGUUUGAGGUCAUAAUGCCGCCACCUGGUGGCAGAGUGGUGUCAUGCAAGUGGGUUUACAAAAGGAAAACCCUUGCAUCUGGGGAACCACGUUUUUGAGCCAGAUUAGUAGCCAGAGGGUUCACUCAAAUUAAAGGGGAGAGUUAUGAUGAAGUGUUUUCUCCCACUGUAAAGAGUGAAACUUUUCGUUUAAUGCUUUCCAUUGCUGCUGUAAGACAACUAGCAGUGCACCAUUUUGAUGUUGAUGCUGCAUAUCUGCAUGCAAAUUUAGACCAUGAAGUGUUAAUGAGACAACCUCCUGGGUUUGAAGAGGGGAAUGGUGCAGUCUGGCGUUUGAGAAAGGCUGUUUACAGUCUCAAACAAAGUGGAAGGUGUUGGAACCAGUGUUUAAAUGAAGCCCUUGUAAAACUUGGUUUUAAAAGGAGUGUGGCUGAUCCAUGCCUGUACACCAAGGGGACAGGCAACAAAUAUCUAAUGCUCUUAGUCUUUGUUGAUGAUUUGCUUGUGGCAGGGAGUUCCACAGAUGAGAUCCAGAAGCUCACAAGUCAACUGGAAAAGAGGUUUAAGCUUAAAGCCUUGGGGCCUGUAAGCAAUUACUUGGGAGUAGAAGUAAGGCAGGAAGCUGAUGGAAGCUUCCUAUUGAGCCAGAAAGAGAAAAUUAUUCAUUUGAUAGAGCAGUUUGGCAUGGAAAACUGCAAGCCAGUUCAGACUCCCAUGACACCAGAUUUCCCAAAGACAGUGUGUGAUGAUGAAUUUGAUCAGCCUGAGUUGUAUCACUCAAAAAUAGGAUCACUGUUGUAUUUAAGCCAGUGGUCAAGGCCAGACAUUGCAUGUGCUACAAAUGUUCUGAGCCAACGUGUAUCUAAACCCAGUACUGCCGAUUGGUGUGCUUUGAAAAGGCUUAUCAGAUAUCUAAAGGGGACAUUAAAUGUAUGUUUGAAGAUAUCUAGUACACAAGACGAAAAACUAGAAGUAUUUGUUGAUGCGGACUGGGGAAGCUGUGUAGCUACCAGAAAAUCUACAAGUGGAAUGGUUAUGAUGUUUGCCAAUUUCAUAAUUGGAUGGAGGUCAAAGAAACAAGGAUUUGUUGUGACCUCAUCCUGUGAGGCAGAAUAUGGGAGCCUGUCACUAGCAUGCAAUGAAAUCUUGUGGUUUAUACAGAUACUAAAAGAUCUAGAUUGUAAAGUAGAUUUGCCUAUCCAAGUGUAUGAAGAUAGCCAAUCGUGCAUUGCAUUAGCGGGCUCGGAAAUAAUGAAAUCCGCAUCAAAACAUAUUGCUAUCCGUCAUGCGAAUGUUAGAGAUUGUGUACAGAAUGGGGUAAUCAAACUGGAGUAUUGUCAAUCACAAGAUAAUAUUGCUGAUUUGUUUACCAAGCCUUUGCCAGCAACAUGCCAUAAUGAAUUGAUGACAAAACUGGGUUUAUGUAUAUAAUGUAUGUAUGUAUUGUUUCUGUUGGGGUUUUUCGCAUUUAAGAAACAGAAGGGGUGUCACGGCUAAAAUGGCCGCUGUUUCUUUAAUGCGAAUAAAGCUGGGUCAGCAUGACUCAGCGGCCUGCAGCAGGUUGUAUAUAUAAAGUGAGAAAUGUUAGUUUGUGCUGAGGCUGGUGUUUGGGUUGGUUGGUUGGUGCUGGUGUGUAUAGUUAUUCAGUCGUGUUUUGCACAAAGACUUUUAAGAAUAAAACUCUGCAAGGAUAUUCUCGUGGACUCUUUUUGUGCCGACAAGGGUCUGAGGACCAGGCUGAGGAGACAAAGGGAGGUCAGAACCCUUUCCUUCUUUUUUUUGCUUUUUACAAACACUGACACAGCCUUCUUAAACAGAGCUCUCAGCAGCAGUUAGAUGCUGGAAACAAUCUGUGUCGUUUCAGACCCUUGGUGUUUCCUGUGUUCCAUCUGAACCCUUGGCUCUGUGACCAUCUAGAAUCCCUGACCUUUGGACUGUAUAUGGAUUCUGCUCUCUGGUAAGAGUUCAUUGGAGAUCCCUAGCCCCUGCUUGCUUGGCAAUGAGACUCAGAGCUACAACACCAUGAAACACGCCCAUGGAAAGGAGGAGGCAAUUUUGGUAAUCCAGCCUUCCACAAGCAGCCCUUUGUACCUUCCAGAAAUAUUCUCUAGAGCAGUGGUGGCUAAACGUGGCCCUCCAGCUGUUUUGGGACUACAACUCCCAUCAUUCCUAUCUAACAGGACCAGAGGUCAGGGAUGAUGGGAACUGUAGUCCCAAAACAGCUGGAGAGCCAGGUUUGGCCAUCACUGCUCUAGAGGGUUGAGGAAGCAUCUGGAGUAGUGUGGGAGGUGGUUUGGGGUAGGGGACAUUGAUCAAAAUCUCUACCCCCAUUCAAAGAAGGGCAAGUCCGGAUCCAACCUGCUAACUGUCCCCCAUUCUCCCCAAUGUAAACACUACUUUGGGUUUUGCAACACGUUCUGAUAGAGGGAAUUGUUUUUGCUGAAUGUGGAUGGUGAUCUUGUUUUAAUACAUCUUUUAUUUUUUAUAAACACUGCAAUACACGCACGUAAACACACGCAAUCUACCUGACAUUUUGGGGAAAGGUUGGAGGGGAGCAACAUUCCAGCAUCCUUAACUUGGUGCUCAGCUGACAGAGAGCUGAUAUUUAAAAAUUAAUUGAGCUGAAUAUAUUCCCUCUGUUUGUUUCAAUAAGAGAGCAUUUUUCAGCUUGUGAUGAUAAUCACUUCCCUUAUGUUUAGCUCUCUUUGUUGACUGAGAUUUUGGAGUGGGGCGUGUGUUGUGGGGGGGGGGGGCGAUUUAAUUUGCUGAGAUUUAAGACAUUCAAAACUUCACUAAAGGUGGCCAUUAGGAUAAAGUCUAUUAUAUUCCCUGCAAUGAAUUCCAUUCUGAUAAGGGCACCGCAUGCAGCCUUCAUGAAAAAGCUGUGUAAAAUGAGUGUUGGGACUAGAUAACAUAGUUUAAACAAAUCCUGAUUGCUUUAGAAAACUGGCCAGCCAGAAAGGUUGUAAUAGGGUUUUUUUUCUCUCCCCCCUAACUAAGGGGUGUCUGAAGUUGAUGAUGGGUACUGAGAUUUCAUUUUAUUAUGUGCCAGCCAGCCAGACUUCUUGGGUGGGAUUCUGCAAACCUCGUCUGAUACAGUGGAACCUUGGUUCUCGAACAUAAUCCAUUCCAGAAGUCUGUUCGAUUCCUGAAACGGUUCGAAAACCAAGGCACAGCUUCCAAUUGGCUGCAGGAGCUUUCUGCACUCAAGCGGAAGCCGCUUCUGAAAAACAUUAGAAAACCAGAACACUUAUUUCCGGGUUUUCGGCAUUCGGGAGCCAAUUUGUUCGACAACUAAGCCAUUCAAGAAUCAAGGUUCCACUGUACAUAUUUCUGGUAGCCUCCUUGGGUCAAGCCAUUGAUUCAUCUAGCCCAGGCCUCUCCACUUUGAUUGACUCUUCCUCCUCACCAGCUAUACAAAAUAUUAUUGAUAGGAGAAGGGACGUAGCUCAGGGACAGAGCAUCUGUUUUGAGUGCAGAAGGUUCCAGGUUCAAUCUCUGGUUUCUCCAGGUUGGGCUGUGAAAGGCCACUGGUCUGAAAUCCUGCUUCCUGUCUGUGUACCAUAGUUAGCACCCAUCUGUCUUGAGAGACAGUGAAGCAUGCCUCCAGGAGUGAAGUCAAACUGCUUUAUUAGCAGCACUGAAGUGACCUCCUGAUGGUGCAAGCCUAGGAAUGUGCAUGGAGGUCCUGGACUGCCUAGAUGACAAGACCCCACCUCUCAGCCUCACUGAUGUUGUCCAAAGGAAAGCAAAGCAAUAGCUUUGGCACCAGCUUAGCUGCAGGAGUUGCUGGAAGGAGAGGAGGCAACUGUGGUGUAGUGUAGUGAGCCAGUGUGGUGUAGUGGAUAAGACUCGUAAUCUGGUGAACAGGGUUCGCGUCUCUGCUCCUCCACCUGCAGCUGCUGGGUGACCUUGGGCUAGUCACACUUCUUUGGAGUCUCUCAGCCUCUCUCACCUCACAGAGUGCUUGUUGUGGGGGAGGAAGGGAAAGGAGAUUGUUAGCUGCUUUGAGACUCCUUUGGGUAGUGAUAAAGCAGGAUAUCAAAUCCAAACUCCUAUUCUUCUUCUUCUUCUUCUUCUUCUUCUUCUUCUUCUUCUUCUACCAGAGCCUGUCUUCACAUGCAGGGGAAGAGUCUCUAACUCACGGAGGGUUUGAGACCCAUCAGCUACCCUCACCUAGACUGCUAUACGCCUACUACUGAUGCAGGCUAAAGACAACUUCUCUGAACCACCAAUGCUGUGCUAUAGACAAUAUUGAACUUGAGUCUGAUCUGAGAUAAGAAGAAGAAGAAGAAUUUGGAUUUGAUAUCCUGCUUUAUCACUACCCGAAGGAGUCUCAAAGCGGCUAACAUUCUCCUUUCCCUUCCUCCCCCACAACAAACACUCUGUGAGGUGAAUGGGGCUGAGAGACUUCAGAGAAGUGUGACUAGCCCAAGGUCACCCAGCAGCUGCAUGUGGAGGAGCGGGGAAGCGAACCUGGUUCACCAGAUUACGAGUCCACUGCACCACACUGGAAAGCAGCUUUGAGCUGGGGGAGGCAUCAACUUUUGGCUUUGCACAGGGUACCAUAUUACCAAGGUCUGCCACUGCUCACAGGAUCAUCAUGGGGAUUAAAUGAGGGGGGAACCACCUUGAACUCCUUGGAGAAGAAGGUGCCACAUAAUAAAUGCAACAAGUAUGUGUACAGCAAAACACAUAAAUGGCCCUUGUGAUACGUCCAAAAGAAUCCAUGCAGAUAUGCAGCCCCAGUGCAGCAUUUUACCCAUGCAUCCUGUUAAACUUAAGUAAUUUCCCCCCUCCCCCCCCAAAACCCCCACACAAUUCUGCUUCGGAAUUGCAUCAGGAGUUGAGGAGGAGCAAGAGACCAGAUUCAGGUGACAUCUUCCCAAGCCCACCAACUUAGUGCAUUAUCAUUCAUGCUCCUUUUGCAUUUCGUUUUUAAUUUCCGAUGGCCUAAUGAACGAGGAGGCAAUCAUUCCAUCCGACUAAUCACAAAGCAUGCAUACGACUCUGUGCAAAGAACCUGGUGAGUCUGCUAAGCCGAGCCGCACAAAGAAGUGUGCUGUGCAAAGAACUGCAUGAGUAAUACGUCUUGAGGGGCCGGCACAGUUAACUGCACAGUAAGUAAGGUCAAAUUAUGUGUGAAGCAAAGACAUUUAGCAUAAAAACAAUAUUAAUAAUUCAGCGGGCGAGCAGGAGUGUGGAAUGAUAAGAUACAGAGAUGGAAUAAUGCAGCCAGCAAACAAGGGGGACGCGAGGAGCUGGGGCGAGGGCACAGGGCAGAAAUGCCAGUUGAGACCCCUCUGAUCACGGGGCCAUGCGGCACUGGGCUUGCAAUAGCCUGCAGUGUCGCCGUUCCAUUCAGCUAACGGUUAUCUCCGGCUAAGGGAAUCAGGAGUCCAAACUUGAUCUCAUCUGCCGAAAAUGCAGAACAGAACUCUGUGGGUAGUCUCUCCGUUGGACACUAGCUUCAAAAGCAGGGCUUUUAGACAGCCCCCUCCGAAUCAUGAUUGUAAUAAUAAUGGAAUAAACAUUUUGCUUUUGGUGUGCUUGUUUGUGGCUGUUUCGAUCCAGUCCAGCGACCUUUCGUUCUCCUGCUUCUGCUUCUUCUUCGCACUGUAAGAGCCAGGGUGUCUAGCAGGUGUCCCGGCUCCUAAGGCUGGAGGUAUCUUUUGCCCCCUCCAUGAUGACGGCAUGGAGGAGGCCAAGCGCACAGCCAAGCAUGCCACAGUUCAGUGGUUGGUUCCUCCUGAGAACAAGAGAGGAAGCCAAAAUGGGGUGGGCUCUGUGCUUGGCCGCCUCCCAACAAUGCGAUGUCACACACACAGGACGUCACGCAUGCACCAUGUGCAAUGGGCCUCCUCAAUCUUGGGCACAAGACAGAACUGUUAGAAUUCCUGCUCCAUGAUUGCAGUCAUGGGGUUUUUGUCUAUCACAUGAUGGUGUAUGUUUUGACUCCAAAGAGUGGGAAGUGACGGAGACAGGAUGUUUGUGUUACUGUGUUCCAUGAAGUGUGACUAUUGUCCUUUGUUCUUUUUCUCUUUGCUGUCUGAUGCUAGAGAGAGAGGGAGCCAUGUUGCGGUGUUCCGUGUGUGUUUAUAUGUAAAUAAAGUAGAUUAGCCAAAAUGCUGAGUUGCUGAGGUCUGUUACGCAAGCUGCAAAGACUCUGCGGAUCCCUAAGUGUGCUGGUGUCUGUUGGCAUCAGUCGCUGUGAUGUUCGGGCUGAAGAAAGCUUUUGAAGCUCCCGAACGAUCGACCAGGAGGGAAGGAACAUGCCAGUCGGGCAUGUGUCUCUGCCAGGGUCCUACUCGAGAGUAGGACGAGCUCCUCUGGUCCACAACCUCUCGGGGGAGUCUGUUCCACUCUCAAACAGCUCUUACUGUCAGAAAGUUCUUCCUGAUGUUUCGUUGGAAUCUCCUUUCUUGUAACUCUGAUCCAUUGAUUCAAUUCCUACCCUCCAGAUCAGGAGAAUAGACUCCCUCAAGAGGUCAUGGACUCCCUUCCUUGAAAGUUUCCAAGCAGAGGUUGGGUGGCCAUCUGUCAUGGAUACUUUAGUUGAGAUUCCUUCAUCACCAGGGGUUGGACUUGAUGACCCUUGGAGUCCCUUCCAACUCUACAAUUCUAUGAUUCUGUGACUCAUGGCAGAGAAUCCCAUGCUGUGGUUCCUGUCUGUGGCAGCACUAUGUAAGUUUUCCAGAAGGAAGAAGUAAACUCUGCUGUGGGGGAGAGCAGGAGGGCAAACUUUUGUCAGGUAGCUUGCGGCUCUUGAUGUUGCCUUCGGUUCAUGGCUGUCAGGUGUGUGUGCAGGAGCCAGGCCCUGUGACCAAUAGGACUCUGCAGGACUGGGGCCUUCCUAAGUUUGUUCUGGAGAGGCAAGGCACGGCCACACAGGUGAGGCCGAUUGGUAACUCACAGCACCUGGUGGCAAGAGCCGGGAAGGGAUAUAAGGUCAGCAUUUUCCCUUCGGCUCUUUGCCACAGCAACACGUUCCCUGCCUUGCUGCUUUUGACUCCUUGACUCCUUGCUUCUUGAUCCUCAGACCCCUGACUUCGUGACUCCUUGCUUCUUGAUCCUCGGAUCCCUGACUUCGUGACUCCUUGCUUCUUGGUCCUCGGACCCCUGACUUCGUGACUCCCUGCUUCUUGAUCCUCAAACCCCUGACUUAGUGACUCCCUGCUUCUUGAUCCUCGGAUCCCUGACUUUGUGACUCCCUGCUUCUUGAUCCUUCGGAUCCCUGACUUCGUGACUCCUUGCUUCUUGAUCCUCAGACCCCUGACUUCGUGAUUCCUUGCUUCUUGGUCCUCAGACCCCUGACUUCGUGAUUCCUUGCUUCUUGAUCCUUGGACCCUUGACUUUGUGACUCCUUGCUUCUUGAUCCUUGGACCCUUGACUUCGUGACCCCUUGCUUCUUGACCCUCAGACCCCAUACUUCGUGACUCCUUGCUUCCUGACCCUCAGACUUUUGGCUUUCUGACUCCUGGCUUCUGGACUCCCGUUACUGCUCCCACCCUGCCAUCUUGCCCUGGUCCCGACAUCCCCAGCCGGGACUUCGAUCACCCAUGAACUGGACCAUGACAAUGGCUGUGCUGCAAUGACCCCCCCCCCUUGACAAUGAGCAUAGCUUGUGGUAUGGGCUCAACUGCACUUGGAACAAGUGUGGAGGUUGCUGUGCCAGUUUUUUCUGGGCCAAAAUAUUGGAGGGAUUUUGAGAGAACCAAAAAACAGACACAAUAACAACAGAAAUCAAUACCCGCUUUUCAGCUGGACUUACAAAAUGUCUGAAGGGAGUUCUGCAAUCUGUAGUUGUGUACACUAUGGGGCAAUUUAUGCUCAUGUUUUCCUGCAUGAAGAGCCUUCAAAUUCACAAUAUUUGAAGCAUAUCCAGUAUCUAUUGAUACUGGAAAAUAGCCUUGUGGCACUGAGUGUGGGUGGACCAAAGCCUACCAAUAGGCUUAAUAUGCGCUGUUUCAAAGAGGCCUGGCCCCAUCUGUUACUAUUCUUAUAUUACAAUUAUGAUGAUUGUGAGGAGGCAGUUGAGGCAGUUGCUCCUGGCCUCUGUGUUGUCCUGUUUUUGCCCUGGCCAGAUUGAAUACAUGCAAGCCACACGUGGAAUACAGUGCUGGGUGUGGGCUUAGGGAUGCAGGCCAUGGACUGGCUGUGCCAGGACAAUGCAGAUGGAAGGUUAAGGACCCAAGAAGGGGCCACAAGUGGGGGAAAUUUGCUAUCAAUGAUUUUGGGGGGCAGGCUUCCUCAGCUUGUUCUCUUGCCUCAUCCAUCCCCAUGAUGGGAGCUGCAAGCUCGACCCUUCUCUCUGCCCCCCCCCCUUUGCUAUCCAGGCUUUCCUAGCUUGGCAGAGACACUCCCUGACAUGUCUGCCUUCACACUGUCAGAUACUCGGAGUAGCUCUCUUCCCAGAAGGAGACACCUCCCUUGUCACACUGGUCUAGGAGGAGUCUACUGACAAGGGGGCACAGGGUAUUUUGAUGACAACAAUGCCAUCUUCAUGCUGCAAGAAGCUUACAUGCAUGAGGAACAUGCAUCCCAUAAUAGACAUUUGUCCAGAAGCACCCUAAGAAGUUCAGCCAAAAGCUUCAUGGAAAAUGUGGGUUUUGUGGUGGGAUAUGGAUUUUGAGUGAUGUUCUAGGGUGGACCAUGCAUAAGAAUGGAAGAGUGGAUAAUGGGUGGAGUCAUUCAAGUGAUCAGGAGAACUUUGGGUGGCCGAGAAUGGUAGAGCAGAAGAAGUGAAGGCCAAAGGAAUAUAUGCUCAGGAUAGUAGGUCAGAGAUGUUCUAACACAGGUGUAGUGAAUUUUUGGCUUUCCAGAUGUCAUUGGACUGCAACUCCCAUCAACCCAGCAAGCGUGGCCAAUGGCCAGGGGUGAUGGGAGUUGUAGUUCAGCAACAACUAGAAGGCCAGGUGCUCUUCAUACCUGAUCUCGAGUAUUUGGAAGAGGCAACUGUUUCUUCACCUAACUCUUUGUAUAUUGCUGUAGGCUGUGUACAUCUGGUUUAGCAAGUGAGCUAAUCACUGCUUCUUCAAAGCUGCUGUUAAGGGGAUUAUCUAAAUUAUCAGAGUUUUUUAGCAAGCAGGUUUGUGAGGGCAGCAGGAAUGAUAAUGGGAUUAGCGGUCACCUUAGCAGUGCCCUAUAAACAUGUUAGCUUCUUUGAUGAGCAUGGAAGAAAAUGACAUUCAAGAAUAUGUGUUGAGAUGUUUACCUGUGCAUCUGUUGAUGGUGAUUAAAACACAGCAGAGGGAUUAUUUCCACUAUGCCACUCAUUUUAUUUUAUUUUUUAAAAACCCCAAGUCAGGGUGUAUGAACACACACCUCGUAUUAUAUACAGUUCCUGCCCACCCAUAAGGCGGGGUGAAGCAGCUGCCUCAGGCAGCAGCCCCACCCCAUCCACUGCCAGAUAAGGGAGAUGUCAGCUGUGGCAGAGCAGGACAGGUUCCCCAUCCCAUAAUAAUGCUGAAGACAUUCCCACUGGAGCUUAUUCUUUGUAGGGAUGUUUAUGAUCACAGCUACAGUCUUGCAACCCCUUUUCCUAGCUGUCAUGGGCCAGGAGUCAGCUUCACCGGCUGAACAGCUGCCUGAAGGGGGAGAAGGCAGAAGGACUCCACCUGCAGAUGAUCAGCCUUCAGGGACAGAAGAAGACACUGAUGAGAACCAGCUGGCUCUGGCUUCUUAAACAGAGUCAGCAGUCAGAUGCUGGAAAAAAUGCCUGCGGUUCCUGGUCCUAUCUUGCUGCUCUCGAUCUGGCCCUUUUGCUCUGUGAUCAUCUGGAUUUCCUGCCUUCGGAUGUGGAGCCUGCUCUCAGGUAAGUGUUCCUUGGCGCUUCUUAGCCCCUGUUUGCUCGGCAACAGGACUCUGACAGGGCUGUGGCACUAGUCCAGAGAAAUGUGUUGAGAUGCUGCUGUUACAUUCUCAGUUUGCAUUAGCAGUACAGUCAUACCUCGGGUUGCAGACGCUUCAGGUUGCAUUUUUCCAGGUUACGGAUGCACAGAAACCAGGAAGUACUGGAACGAAUUACUUCCGGGUUUCGGUGGUCACACAUGUGCAGAAGCGCCAAAUCACAACCCACGCGUGCGCAGAUGCGGUGCUGUGGGUUGCGAACAUGCCUCCCGCACGGAUCACAUUCACAACCUGAGUGUCCACUGUAUAUGUCAGAAGAGUCACAGCAAACAACAAAGGUAUAUUUGAAAUUUGAAGAGAAGGGGGUAGUUGUAAAAUGCCCUCCUAGUUUAAAAGCACCGUAUCCCAUUUUGAAUUUGGUUCAAACUCCUUGGAAGUUAGGGACCAAUUCAGAAUAUUACCAGGACUCCCUGAGGCUAACAUCCCUCCUUCCUUCCUUUCCUACACGCAUCUACCUGCAAGAGGGGAAGAGGAAGAUUCUUGACAAGUCUUCAGUGUUACUCUGUUACAUUAACACAGCGGUGUCCUGGGUACCUGGGGAAAUGUAGCAUCGGUUUAUCUCACAUGGGCAUCCUGAUCAAAUUUGCAGAUGACACCAAACUGGGAGGGGUGGCUAACACCCCAGAGGACAGAAUCACACUUCAAAACGACCUUGACAGAUUAGAGAACUGGGCCAAAACAAACAAGAUGAAUUUUAACAGGGAGAAAUGUAAGGUAUUGCACUUGGGCAAAAAAAAAUGAGAGGCACAAAUACAAGAUGGGUGACACCUGGCUUGAGAGCAGUACAUGUGAAAAGGAUCUAGGAGUCUUGGUUGACCACAAACUUGACAUGAGCCAACAGUGUGACGCGGCAGCUCAAAAGCCAAUGCAAUUCUGGGCCUGCAUCAAUAGGAGUAUAGCAUCUAGAUCAAGGGAAGUAAUAGUGCCACUGUAUUCUGCUCUGGUCAGACCUCACCUGGAGUACUGUGUCCAGUUCUGGGCACCACAGUUCAAGAAGGACACUGACAAACUGGAACGUGUCCAGCGGAGGGCAACCAAAAUGGUCAAAGGCCUGGAAACAAUGCCUUAUGAGGAACGGCUAAGGGAGCUGGGCAUGUUUAGCCUGGAGAAGAGGAGGUUAAGGGGUGAUAUGAUAGCCAUGUUCAAAUAUAUAAAAGGAUGUCACAUAGAGGAGGGAGAAAGGUUGUUUUCUGCUGCUCCAGAGAAGCGGACAUGGAGCAAUGGAUCCAAACUACAAGAAAGAAGAUUCCACCUAAACAUUAGGAAGAACUUCCUGACAGUAAGAGCUGUUUGACAGUGGAAUUUGCUGCCAAGGAGUGUGGUGGAGUCUCCUUCUUCGGAGGUGUUUAAGCAGAGGCUUGACAGCCAUAUGUCGGGAGUGCUCUGAUGGUGUUUCCUGCUUGGCAGGGGGUUGGACUCGAUGGCCCUUGUGGUCUCUUCCAACUCUAUGAUUCUAUGAAUAAAGGUAGAGAUGGGAAUCUCCAGCCCAUGGACUGAAAGACUUCUCAUUUUGGCGGCUCCAGUACCCUCUGCAGGCUGAUUUCCCAAGAAUCCUGGUCAACAACAGAUCCCUCAAGUGUCCUGAUUUAAUCGAGACAUCCCAAAUUUAUAGAAGCUGCCCUGGCUCCUGAACUCAAUCCAGGAUGCCAGGCCAUGCUGCAUCUACUGACUUGGCGAGGGCUGGGGUGAUCUUCCCAGGGCCGCUCUAGGGCUCGCAGCGUCUGGAGACACAACGUCUCAUGAGCAGGAGGCUGAAGAUGAGGAGGGGAAGAGCAGGUGGUCGAGGAAGGGUUCAGCGGCAGGGAGAGGGCAAGCGACAGAGCUGAGGGAUCAUGGGGAGGACCCCAGGUAGGAAACAAUAUACUGCUUUGUAGCAUUCUGGGACACAACAGAGGUCCCAUUGCAAGUCCUUCCCAUUGUACAAGAUGCAUGUCCAUUGCAACCUCAAUAUGAGUUCUCAUUUCAGGGUGAUGUGGUGUUUGUGCUUGGUUUUUAUGGCACUCCUACAAUAUCAUGUGGUCUAUGACAGGAAUGAGCUUCAUAAUGGCCUCAGAAUAAAAAUGAUGGUUUUCCUUUGGUGUGGGGAUGAAUAAUUUUACCUAAUCCCAUUCUGAAGUGCAGGAAGAAGUUCACCCACCACUACAGGUAUUUGGAAGACAAGUCAAACAUAUUCUUGCAUGAUUAAUAACCUGAGAUUUCCAAGAUUUCCCCACUUGACCUUCACCCGUCUGUUCAUAUUUAAUGCUAAGAUAUCAGAUGUUUCCCAAUUAACCUUCUAACCAGAGACUUUGCUAAAUAUGCUAGAUAACAAGAGUGGUUCUUGCAAAGAUCUUGGAACUCAUUCAGUCUGUCGUCAUUGCACAACAAUACUAUAAAUGCUCUAGCUAUGUCAUCCGUUUAGUCAAAUUGUUGUUGAUUUUGAACCCCCAGAUGAUGAAAACCGUCUCUUUCACCCAAAAGUUUCAAUAUGCCCUCCUUAACACUUGAUAAUCCAAAAGCAGCUUGCAACGAGAUAUUCUCCAAUGAGAUGACUCCUAUACCAUUAAAGGUAAAGGUACCCCUGACAGUUAGGUCCAGUUGCGGACGACUCUGGGGUUGCGUGCUGAUCUCUCUCUAUAGGCCGAGGGAGCCGGUGUUUGUCCGCAGACAGCUCAUGUGGCCAGCAUGACUAAGCUGCUUCUGGCGAAACCAGAGCAGUGCAUGGAAACACUGUUUACCUUCCCGCCGGAGCAGUACCUAUUUAUCUACUUGCACUUGAUGUGCUUUCGAACUGCUAGGUGGGCAGGAGCUGGGACCGAGCAACGGGAGCUCACCCCAUUGCAGGGAUUCGAACCGCCGACUUUCUGAUCAUCAAGCCCUAGGCUCUGUGGUUUAAGCCACAGUGCCACCCGUGUCCCUUAUUUCUUUAUUAUUUCUCCUUAUUUAGUGCAAUGCUAAGCAUGUCUUGGGGGACACGCGUGGCGCUGUGGGUUAAACCACAGAGCCUAGGUCUUGCUGAUCAGAAGGUCGGCGGUUCGAAUCCCCACGACGGGGUGAGCUCCCGUUGCUCGGUCCCUGCUCCUGCCAACCUAGCAGUUUGAAAGCACGUCAAAGUGCAAGUAGAUAAAUAGGUACCACUCCGGCGGGAAGGUAAACGGCGUUUCCGUGUGCUCCUCUGUUUCGCCAGAAGCGGCUUAGUCAUGCUGGCCACAUGACCCGGAAGCUGUAUGCCGGCUCCCUCAGCCAAUAAAGCGAGAUGAGCGCCGCAACCCCAAAGUCGGCGACGUCUGGACCUAAUGGUCAGGGGUCUAUUUACCUUUACCUUUAUGCUUGUCUGUUCAGAACCACAAGUUCAAUUGGUCUUACUCCCGAGGAAGCAGAUAUAGAAAUGCAGCUUUAUUCUCUGGUGCUCAUCACUGGUCUUACCUCCUAUAUUCCUGGGUUUAUUUUUGAGCAACAGUUGCAUCUGCCCAAAACAACAAAGCAGCUCGAAAGAAGGUGACAACCUUUCAUAUGCAAUUGAAUGAAAUCCGCAGUCAUCCAACUGGAGAAAACCAGCAGCCGGCAGUGACAAGCAUUCAUUGUGUCUGCCUUUCAAACAAUCAAGAGGACAAUAAGGGUUGAGCAAUCAGUCAAUCAAGAAGACAAUUGGAGAAAACCAGUGUCUGGAAAUCUCAACAUGCGUAUUGAAAGGUGGGUUUUGUGUGUGAAAGUAUGGAGGGGUGAGAAAUGCAAAUGUUGGAUCCAAAACCAAAUAUUUGAGUGGGCAACUCUUAACCAAAUUCUGCAGUGAAGAGACAGUUUGUCCCUGCCCCAACUUCUCUGAAUAGCAAGAAGUUUCAGAGGUGACCUAUUUGAAGAGAGCAGUGAUUUAUAGUGGAUUUUAGAUACCUAUUUAUAAAAGUAAAGUCAGGCUGCUGAGUGCCAAUCCAUUUGGAAAAAAGGAUUCCCUGGAAACAAGGUAGAAUUUUCCUGUAUGCCUCAUGGACUCCUAGAUAUUUAGAAAUUCAACCUUUGGAAAUUAUGGAUGGUAUUUUAACUGCUUUGGUUCAGCUGUAUUUUUGCAUUGUUUUAUCUUGUUAGCUGUCAAGGGUUUAUAUCUAUGAAUGGCAGCUUAGAAACGUCUUAGAGGUGGCUAGAUAGUGGGGGCACACCUGGAAUAGAGACCAGGGAAGGACAUCAUCUCUCUGUGUAUCCAUUGUCUCAUCUGACUUGGUACCAAAUUCUGCUAAGGAAGAGCAAUUCUUCAUUGUUCUUUCCCAUUUGCAUUUAGGGCAUUUAGGGGCAGGUUUGAAUAUAUUUUGGGGGUUUCAACAUGAUGCGAGACGGUAGCAAUUUAGAGAGAGAAUCUCUUACGUAUGUUGGUUUCCAGGCUGUGGAGUGUCAAAUUAAUCCUGACUUGGGGAGAAUACGGUAACAGGAAUUCCCCCCUUGACAUUCUGCUUUGUCUCCAGUCAGCCUAGUAAAUAGUUUCCAGCGGAUGCAUUUGCAUGGAAGUGGUUGGGUCUGAUAAAUCAGGCAGGCUGGAGUCAGAUUUGCUUCCCGGCUUCCCUCCCCUUCCCUCCCUCCUUGUGCUUCUAUUUCCCUCCAUCCAGUACAUUAAUAUUGAUUACUUGGAAGUAAUUCCAUCUCUGAGUGUGAAGGGUUACACCUCAUUGGCUCCAACAAACCUUUAAUCUCUGUUAAGAUAGUGUAUGGUAAAUUGUGUGUGUGGACAUCAUAGAGAUUUGGCAAUGUGCCAUUUGUGGGCAUCCUUGUAAGAACAUGAAAAGAAAACUUCCUGAAUCAGGCCAAAGGCUCAUCUAGUCCAGUAUCCUGUUCUCACAGUGACCAACUAGAUGCUUAUUUUUAUUUUAUUAUUACAUUUUAUUAAGAGAAUUUCAUUUAUAAAAAGAGUAAGGGGGGAAUGAUAAGAAAAAGAAAGUGAGAAAGAAAAGUAAAAGUACUGUUACAUUACCAUGCAUUAAUAUAAAGGUAAAGGUAAAGGGACCCCUGACCAUUAGGUCCAGUCGUGACCGACUCUGGGGUUGCACACUCAUCUCACUCUAUAGGCCGAGGGAGCCGGUGUACAGCUUCCAGGUCAGGUGGCCAGCAUGACUAAGCCGCUUCUGGCGAACCAGAGCAGCACAAUGAUACGCCGUUUACCUUCCUGCCGGAGCAGUCCCUAUUUAUCUACUUGCACUUUGAUGUGCUUUCGAACUGCUAGGUUGGCAGGAAUGCAUUAAUAUACAGAUGUGUAUAUUAUUCUAAUGGGACGCGAGUGGCGCUGUGGGUUAAACCACAGAGCCUAGGAAUUGCUGAUCAGAAGGUCGGCGGUUUGAAUCCCCGUGACGGGGUGAGCUACCGUUGCUCGGUCCCUGCUCCUGCCAACCUAGCAGUUCGAGAGCACGUCAAAGUGCAAGUAGAUAAAUAGGUACCGUUCCAGCGGGAAGGUAAACGGCGUUUCCGUGCGCUGCUCUGGUUCGCCAGAAGCGGCUUAGUCAUGCUGGCCACAUGACCCGGAAGCUGUACGCCGGCUCCCUUGGCCAAUAAAGUGAGAUGAGCGCCGCAACCCCAGAGUCGGUCACGACUGGACCUAAUGGUCAGGGGUCCCUUUACCUUUAUAUUAUUCUAAUACACAUAUAAUUGUCAAUAACCUAAUGUAUUCUGUAUAAACUCAUUCCAAAUACCACUGUGUUUAUCCAAAGAAAGUUUGCGUCUAUAAGCUGGCAACGUAAGGACAGACAAUGUUGUCAUGUCACCAAGCCAUUGAUUAAGGCGAAUCGUAUCUCUAUUCUUCCAAUUCAUCAGUAUCAGUUUCUUGGCCACCUUUAGAGCACAUAAAAUUUAUUUUUGUUGUCCUGUUGUCAGUAUCCAUACAAUGGGUAUGCAGUUCAAGAACAUAUUCACCUCUGAAAAUCUCUUUCCCUCCCCCCUGCCAGGGGGGUUUGCCAGGACCCAUUGUAAGAAACUUGUAUUUUAGUGUUGUGGCACCUACACUUCAGAAACCCCUGCCUACUGACAUCAGGCAAGUUCCCUCACUUUAUUCUUUUGAUACCUGCUAUUUAAAAAAAUUCAUUUUAGACAAACCUACCCAGAUACCUAGAAUCCUGGUGCAUAUUCAGUUUAUUGCUGCUUUUCAUUUUUUAAAAAUGUCUUCAUACUUUUUCCUAAUUUUGCUUUACUCUUUUUGUAAACCACUUUGAGGUUUUUCACACUCAAGCGGUAUAUAGUUUCAAUGAAAUAAAUACAUUGCUUAAUUUUAAAAGGCUGGUGAUACCUGCUAUAUAAUGUAAAUGCCUGCACAAUUGAUAAAGGGCAAUAACCUCAUAAGACAGAUUUAUUUAAAACCUCACCAGGCACAGCUUUAUUGGAAACAAAACAUCCAUUUCCCAAAACCCUUUGGGUGUUGGAAGUGGGCAGCCAGGUCGAACCUCUCCAUUAUGUGGGAGGGAUGGUAGUUUUAAAGUGGAAUUUAAGAAAUGGGAAUUCACUCUGUUCCUUUAUAUUCCAGCUUCCUUGUAUCUUUUUAAAGGCAGAAUCCCUUCUGAAUCAUGUCACUAAGGUGAAGCCUCUUACAUCAGCCAUGAUGGACAGUACAAUUUUCCCCACAACUCCCCCCAAGUGAUAUUUUGAUUCCGGUUGUUAAAAAAAGAGAGAGAGAGCUUUGCAAAUAUGGGAAUGGUUAAGCAGGUCUUUGAAAAAAAUGUUGCUGAAGGUCAGGUCUUUCAGUAGGGAAGCAGCUGUGAGAGAAAAGCAAGGGAGUCACCUGGCAAUUUUAGCCUCUUUAGGUAUUGUAAAGGUAAAGGGACCCCUGACAAUUAGGUCCAUUUGUGGCCGACUCUGGGGUUGCGGCGCUCAUCUCGCUUUACUGGCCGAGGGAGCCGGCGUCAUGUGGCCAGCAUGACUAAGCUGCUUCUGGCAAACCAGAGCAGCGCAUGGAAACGGCGUUUACCUUCCCACUGGAGCGAUACCUAUUUAUCUACUUGCACUUCGACGUGCUUUUGAACUGCUAGGAUGGCAGGAGCAGGGAAUGAGCAACAGGAGCUCACCCUGUCGCGCGGAUUCAAACCGCCAACCUUCUGAUUGGCAAGUCCUAGGCUCUGUGGUUUAACCCACAGCGCCACCCGCGUCCCUUUAGGUAUUGUAGGAAACAGCUGAAAACCUGACCUGAACAGAUUUGAAUGUCAUUAUGUUAGGUCUUCUGGCCAUUUGCAGUUUUCUUUAAAAGAAAUGGUGUAAAGGGAUCUGAGAGAAAUCCAGAUCCCUUUGUGUGUGAGUGUGUGUGUGUGUGUGUGUGUGUGUGUGUGUGUGUGUAUGCCACCUUUCUAUAAUUCAAACCAUGCCCAAGGCAGCUUACAGCAUGAAAAAAUGCAAACAUAACAAAAGUAGUUACGAACAAUAAAUAAAACGCCAAAAGUACACAACCAAAUUAAACAAUUUCCACAUAAGAUCUGCAUUAAAGAUAAAAAGCUUAAUAUUAAUAAUGGCAACAGCCUCUGCCUGAACCCAGCAAUGCCCUCUAAACAAUUCCCCAACCCAAGGUCUGUUCAGCAGUCUCAGCUUUUGUAGCUGGAGAGAGUCCGGGCCAGGUGGAAAAACGCCUGCGAGGCAGAGAGCAGAUCUCACAGCCAAGAUGGUCUCUGGCCUCUUCAGCAGCCUCAGCUGUUGGAUGGAGUCAGUCAGGGCUCCACCCUCCCAGGCCAGGUAGAAAAAGGCCUGGAAAGCAGGGAGCAGGCCUUCCAUGACUCACAAACAAGAUGGUUUCCACAGAUUAAAAUUUGGGCUCAGCAGAACCCUAUUUCCCCUCUCCCUUACUCAGUCCAUAUGUUCAGCACCUGCAUCUGGUAAAUGGGAGGGAUAUGGAUCAUGGGAACUGGAGUCCUGGAGAGUGACAGGUUCGUCACCCCUGCUGUUCUCCAUCCAUCCAUGCUUGUAUAUUGGACCCAUGCAAGAACUUGCUGAAGCAGACCAUGCAUAAUGAUGCGAGUAAGCCAUUCAUUACCUGCUGGCCAAUAGCGCGUUCAGCAGAGUCGAAUAAGUAUUGGUGGCAUAUAAGGAAGGCCUGGCAAUUAAUCUCUAUUUAACAUUAACACAUGCUCAUUGACCCUGAUACUGAUUAAAUUAAACAUGCUUCUUCCGGCACCUACUUUCCAAAUGAAAUAUUCAGUAUCCCAGCCUUGCUACAUCUUAUUUAUUUAAAUAGCUGAUUAAUUAAGUGGUUUUUCCUAAAGAUGAAAGAAUGGGGGCGGGGUGAUGGAUAAUAAUCAUGGUGAAACCCGUUGUGUAGGAUGAAGGCCAUUUUUAAAAUUAUUUUUUUGCAUAGACUGUAAAAUCAAAGUUGAAAUUAAAUCUGGAUCUGUAGGCUGCUGCACACACAUGCAUGUAAAGACACACACACACACACACACACACACACACACCCCUCAUAACUCUCAGAAACCGACAAGGGCAUGAUUAAUAACUCUGACCUUUUAAUGCAACAGGGCUUAUUCGUCUAGUCUUUCUGCAGUUCCCUCCUGUCGGGAAAGGAGCUAUAGCUCAAUGGUAGAGCUCCUGCUCUUUCAUGCAGAAGGUCCCAAGUUCAGUUCCUGGAAUCUCCAGCUGAAAGGCUAAGCUGGAAAAUGGCCAUUGCCUAAGAUCUUGGCUGCCAGCUGGGGCAGCGAAUACUGCCUGGUGCCCCUUGGAACUGGCAGGGUGGAAAAUGGGAAGCCCAAGAGCAGGUCAACCAGCGCCAUUGAUAAGUGGUGCCAACUAAGUCCAGUUUCUGUCCCAUCUUCCACCCAGUUCUACAAGGGUGAUAGUGAGACGGAGGAGGAAGCUGACUGAGGUUGAUGGGGCAGUGCCAUGUUUGCCCCAAUAGAUCAGCCUUUUGUUUUUAUCUCAUAUUUUUAUGCUGUGAAAAUUAUAUGUGUAUUAGAAUAAUAUACACAUCUGUAUAUCAAUGCAUGGUCAUGUAACAGUAUUUUUUUCUUUUCUUUCUCACUUUCUUCUUCUUCUUUCAUUCCUCCUUACUCUUUUUAUAAAUGAAAUUCUCUUAAUAAAAUGUAAUAAUAAAAUAAAAAUAAGCAUCUAGCUGGUCACUGUGAGAACAGGAUACUGGACUAGAUGAGCCAUUGGCCUGAUUUAGGAAGUUUUUUCCCCCAUGUUCUUACAAGGAUGCCCACAAAUGGCACAUUGCCAAAUCCCUAUGAUGUCUACACACACACUUAAUUAACUAUGGAUGAAGGGCAGUACAGUGGUACCUCAGGUUAAGUACUUAAUUCAUUCAGGAGGUCUGUUCUUAACCUGAAACUGUUCUUAACCUGAAGCACCGCUUUAGCUAAUGGGGCCUCCUGCUGCUGCCGCGCUGCUAGAGCACAAUUUCUGUUCUUACCCUAAAACAAAGUUCUUAACCUGAAGCACUAUUUCUGGGUUAGCGGAGUCUGUAACCUGAAGCGUAUGUAACCCGAGGUACCACUGCAUACAAAUUUAACAAAUAAUAGCUCAGUUGGUUAUGAUGUGAUGCUGCUAACACGAAGGUCUCAGGUGUCCAUGAGGGACAGCUGCAUAUUCCUGCAUUGCAGAGAGGUUGGACUCUAGUCUCUAGAUGAUCCUCGGGGUCCCUUCCAACUCCAUGAAUCUAUGGUAAAAGUAACCUGACUUCUCUGUGGGGUGAUAGGCCAUUCAAGUCAUGCAAGGAGGUCAGAGGAGCUGUCCAGCACUGUCAGCAGCCAGGAAGCCUCAUACAGAAUAGGAGAGAAAUUUUCCUGAAGGUACAGUAACUAGACUACCAGCAGGCUUAUGAAGGCUGUCACACCAGUAGCUCCCCAACAAAAACUGAAUGCUCAUCUGGACAUCCUCCACUUCCUGGUUUAUUAGAGGAACCCUGAUCCUUCAUAUGACCGUGCUUCCUCUAAUUAUUAGGAUUCUGAUAUAGGAUGCUUUGUGCUGCCAGGCAAGGGGUGCACUGGUGGGACUGAGUAUUGGCUCAGGCUGAUUGCCACCUCCUCCUUCAAUAUCUAGUGUUGGUUCUGGAGCUCCAGAACAGAGAGAUUAUGUAUCCAGCUGGGUACAUAAGUUCUCCUGGUUCUCUGGCUGAAGUGAUGUCCUGGAGUACCCCAUCUCCUCCUGGAUCUGUUUGGUGCUGGGGCCCAUAGUGGAGUCCUAUUCAUAAGGAAAUGAGAGCUGGACCAUAAAGAAGGCUGAUCACCAAAGAAUUGAUGCUUUUGAAUUAUGGUGCUGGAGGAGACUCUUGAGAGUCCCAUGGACUGCAAGAAGAUCAAACCUAUCCAUUCUGAAGGAAAUCAGCCCUGAGUGCUCACUGGAAGGACAGAUCCUGAAGCUGAGGCUCCAAUACUUUGGCCACCUCAUGAGAAGAGAAUAUUCCCUGGAAAAGACCCUGAUGUUGGGAAAGAUGGAGGGCACAAGGAGAAGGGGACGACAGAGGACAAGAUGGUUGGAUAGUGUUCUCAAAGCUACCAGCAUGAGUUUGACCAAACUGUGGGAGGCAGUGGAAGACAGGAGUGCCUGGCGUGCUCUGGUCCAUGGGGUCACGAAGAGUCGGACACGACUAAACAACUAAACAACAACAAAUUCAUAAGGAGGUCUUGCCCAGUUCCAACUCAAGGUCCUGACAACUCCCAGCAGUAGGCUGGUUGCCACACUGCAAAAGGAAUAAUCAAGAUGUGUCUAUUAAUCUGGGCAGAUGAAAGGAACAUGGUAAGAUUCUGGGGGGGGGGGGGGGAUGAAUGGGAAGACAGCUGAGGGUUAGGGUCACAUUGCAACAUUUGCUCCUGCAAGUCAUCAGGAGACUCAUAAUUUAAUGAUGUGUUGACUUGCAUUGCAAAGAAGCCAGUAAGUGGAGCACUAAUUAAGGAAGAAAGUGGGAUGAGGUACAAAAGGUUUUCACUGACCAAUGCUGGGGGAAAAUGAAGCUGCUACAGUUAGAUGUUUAUGCAUCCAUUGUGCAGACUUAGUUGACCAUGGGGCUGAGGGACAGGGUGGAGAUGGCGUUUGUGCAUUUGCAAUGCUACUCUUUUGGGUUUUGCAAAUUGGAUAUAUUAGACGUGUACAGAGAACUGGAUGAUAAGGCUAUAUUCUAUUUCAAGUGUCAGAGAAAGUAUGUCUCUGAAUUCCCGUUUCUGGGAAUCACAGGUGGGAAAGUGCUGUUCCCCUCAGAUAGGCUUGCUAGACUAGAUGAGCCUUUGGCGCAAUCUAGCAGGGCUCUUUCUUAUGAAGUCAUGGGAGAAGAACUAACACAGUGAAAAUAAGAGUUGGUGGAUAUGUAGCUUUUGGGUGGAAAAAUCGGCAUUUUCAAGUCUGGUUUUAAAAUUCUUUCUGCAUAUCUAGCUUGGGCUUAAUUGUGUGAGAAUCUAAAUCCAAUGAUUGAUGGGGUCCUAAGGUGAUUUAGGUUUUUAUUUCCUUCCUUCAUUUCUAAUUACUAGUUUGGAUGCAAUCCAAACCAAGUGAGUGAUGAGAUAAAUAAUCCCAUUUAUUCUGAAAACAUGAAAUAGCUUUCAUUACACCGUGUGUGUUUCUUUUGCUUUUGUUUGAUAUUGCAGGUAUUGUUAACUCUUGUUCUCGUACUGUACUCAUAAUUAAAGCAACAAUUGGCAUUUCCAUUAAAAAAUCAAAAACCACAGAAUGGUGGAAACAGAAAAUUAUGUCUUGCUGGGCUGAAAUUCUGUGCUCGCUGCAUCAGUACGAGAACAAAUAUUUCCCUGAAGUUGAAUGCAGAUUACUUUAGAAAAACAAAAAGCAUCUGCAUCCAGAUAUUAAAAACAGAUUUCUGCAGAUGUAUCUCCAGUUACAAGCAAGAAGGAACCUGCUGUGUGUUGGGCAAAGCAGUGGCGUAGCGUGGGGGUGCAGGGGGGGCCGGCCGCACCGGGCGCAACAUCUGGGGGGGGUGCGCUCGCACUCGCAGCUCUCUGCCCCUACCUGGCUCACUCACUCUCUCGCACUGCAGUGCUGGCUGUGCGAAUCCGAUCUGAGCCGCUGGGUCGCCGCCCACGGUGGCGGGGGGGGGUGCCAGGCGUGCGGUGCGGAGAGAGAGCGAGGGACUAUCUGGGGGAGGGACAGUGCAGCGGCCGCCCAGCGCAGCGCUGAGCGCGGGAGAGAACCACACCAGACCAGACCAGGCAGCAGCAAGAAGAAGCUGGCAGCGGCGGCAGGUUAGGGGGCGCAAAUUACUUGCCUUGCCCCGGGUGCUGACAACCCACACUACGCCGCUGGGGCAAAGGACUGUAUAUAGUUAUUUGGUAGGACCUGAAUUGCUCCACCGAGAUGCGCCGAAUUUCUUAAUCGAAACAUAUGGUGCAGCCACAUUUACAGAGUACAGUUAAACCAAAGGCUGUCACUCAGUUGGAAUAUGGUUGGGAAAGGGCAAACUAAAAUGAUCCAGGGAGCCUCAGGUUCAUCCACCCUGGGGAUUUUUUGAAUGGUUUUUCACCCUGGCUGGCUGUCCUUCCUGCCUAAUGUCCAACCCCCUGACAGCCACAUUUUGUGCUAGCACAUCAGAGACCCUCUGAUUAUGUCCACUUUGUUUUGGCCCUCAGAUAAAUCCAGUGAACAGCCUUAAAAUAUAUAUUCGUUAAUGCUUCCAUUCUCUCUGUCACCUACUAUUCUCAAACUAAUAAGAGCGAUUUCAUUACAUAUUCGAGGAGGAGGGUGGGGGAAGGGAAGAAAGAAGGAGGAAGCCAAGCUUUUGUGUGAAGUUAAUAAUUCCCACUGAUUAAUCAAAGGUAAUUACAUUAUGAGAAGUUAUGUCUUUGCGUAUCCCGAACCAUAAAAUGAAAUUCUCAUUAAAAUUAUAUUACAUUCAUUACCUGUGUAUACCCAGAUUCCCCGAGAUAUACAUUAUAUAAGAAUCUCCACUCCAAUAUUGUUCAGAAAAACUCAUUACUAUGAUUCAAGACAAGAUCUUGUUUGGAGGAACCAUGGAGAUUAGUGUAGGUGAAGCCCCCUCGUUGUUCUGCUUUGAAUAUAAUUUCGCAAAGGCCACAAAGUUCCUUCAUCUACAAGUCAACGCUCUACAGAUUUCUGUCCAGGAUUUUUUCCCCUCAGAAGACUAUUAUACUUUCACUCACCGAGGAACAGAAGAAGCUGUCCAUGCAGAGCCGUUCUUCUUCACCUAUGUAUUGUAUUGCUUUUAUACAGCACACCUCUAUAGGCGCAACGUUUCAGGAGCCGAGCCAAAACUAAAUGGUACAUAUUUCAGUUUAGGGGGAAUGUCCAAAAAUGUGUGUGUAGGUGUUUCUGUUAUUCUUCAGGAGGAGGGUUUAAUUCUUUUACGAAUUUGUGACAUUUGAGUGUGUGGUGUUGAUAUCCACAGGUAAAUAUUGGCAAUCCCAGUUGGGUUUGUGAAUGCCUGGAAACCAGCAAAACCUCCUACUUUUUGAAUGCUGCGCUGGCAAAUGCUGAUAGUUAUGAGUAGGUGCAAUGCUUUUUUUCCUAGGAGGAUGCAGGUGUACGCAUACCGCUAAACAUUUUGUGAAUCUUUGUACUUUUGUCCAUUUACUGUAUUUAUUUUCCCCAAUUUGAACUAUAAAAACGUGAUUUUCUUGAGCCAAAAUGAAAAUAACAUUUGACCCAUAACAUUUAUUUCAAGAAAAAAAGCACUGAGUAGGUGACAUGCUCAGCUGUGUCCAUCUCAUUGAGUUGUCUCCUUAGACUUGUGUUCUUGGUCCCAUGGAUGGUGUCCACUAAUUGAGGAGGCCGUUUUUGCUGAUUCCCUGAAAAUUAGUUCUUGGAGGUCCCCUAAGCUUUUGGAACUGACUCCUGGGGAGCACUGAGGAGGGAGAGGGAGCUAGCCGGUAUCACUACCUCUCCCAUUAGUGGGUGCGUCAUAUCGAAGCAACAGCACUAGGAGGACCAUUUUGGCAAAUUCACAGAAACAUGGGGUUAUCAAAAGCUGCCUUAUGCAAAAUCAAACCCAUCGUCCACCUAUCAGUGUUGUCAACACUGAUAGGUGGCAGCUCUUUGAAGUUGUUGCUGUAAAGAGCAGAGAGUAACUACACACACACACACACACGUAUACGUAUGUGUGCCCUGAACAGAACUGUGUAGGUAGGUCCCCUUUAAAAUGUAAAUGGCACCCCUAAAAAAAAAUAAUAGCUUGACAUUAAGGAAAGAUAGAUCUCGCAAGAUAUUAAUGGUUACAAUGAAGUUCUAGAAAUAUCACGCUUGCUAAAGCCAUUAUGUUUUUGUCAGAAAUUAGCAAAAGAACAUUCUGAUCUGACAUUCUCCUUUUAUGCCCCAAUCUCUUUGCUGCUAGACACUUGUAACUUUAUAGAUGAUAGCUUAUAAUUAUCCGGUGUGUACCUGUUGGUUUCUUUAAAAUAUAAUUGCCAGGUUAGCACUUUACAUUCUCCUUUCUCACUGGAUCAUUUCACUAAUAAAGUCUCAAAGUGUUUUUUUGUGGAGAAGAUUGCAAGCACCAGGCUCAUCGCUAUUAUCUGGAUGCCAUCUUCCGCAAAUACAUCUACAGGGGCAGAUAAAAUUGUUGGGGCGAUGUGGGGGGUGGCAAAUCUGCUUCCUAGAAUGCCAGUUAGCUCUUCAGACUUCAAAUAAUCUCCCUGGGAUUUUGUUGUUGUUGUUCUGUUAUUGUUUUUCUUAAAUUGUAUGGGGAAUUCAAAUUUCCUUUGCAACUGCUUUAUUCUCUGGGAAGAAAGGAGAAAUCAGUUUUGAGAUGACGUAGCUGAAAGACAGCGAGCAAAUGAAUGUAUGGAAUAGAUGAGUGUAGCUUAAGAAAUCCCAAGAGGACCCACUAAUUAUACUUCACACAGAAUUGUUAAGAUUAUUGUCCUCCACCAUCUCAGCUAGAGAAUCAUGCCACAAAAUGAUUGACGGAGGAGAACCCAUUUCUCUGCACCGCAGAGACACAAACAGGCUCCAGAGUUGCUGCUCGAUUGCAGAAUUUAUAGUAGUACCACUCAUGCAACACGUUGGCCACUAAUAUACACACAAUAAUUACCAAAAUAAUUAUAUAUUCUUUAUCAAUCUUCUGAGAAAAAUACAAAACCUUGUGCAAAGCCACAGAAACUUGCGAACUACCCAGCCUAAGAUGAACUUAUGAUGUCUGGUUUCAAUAGAUUUUUCAAAUGCUGAACUCAGUCUUUUGUUUUCUUUAUCUUUUUUGGUAAGUUCAUGAAGAUACCAACAAAAGGUAAGUUCGGUGUUGUUCACAAUACUGAGGGAUGCCAGUGAAGUUGUAAAGGUAAAGGUAAAGGGAACCCUGACCAUUAGGUCCAGUCAUGGCCGACUCUUGGGUUGCGGCGCUCAUCUCGCUUUACUGGCCAUGGGAGCCGGCGUACAGCUUCCGGGUCAUGUGGCCAGCAUGACUAAGCUGCUUCUGGCAAACCUGAGCAGUGCACGGAAACGCCAUUUCCCUUCCCACCGGAGUGGUACCUAUUUAUCUACUUGCACUUUGACGUGCUUUCGAACUGCUAGGUGGGCAGGAGCAGGGACCGAGCAACGGUAGCUCACCCCAUCGUCGGGAUUCGAACCGCCGACCACCUGAUCAGCAAGUCCUAGGCUCUGUGGUUUAACCCACAGCGCCACCCGCGUCCCACUAAUGACUAUACUUAGGCCCAUUACCAAGAUGCUGGUGUGGCUACUUUAAGAAUUGAAUCCUCCAUAAGAUUUUAACCCUUACUGGAUCCAAGGGAUUAGAAGGGAUUCGGGCAUCAUAAAACCCAGCCCAGCCCCCAAACUCACAACAAUAUUAAAAGUGAAAUAUCAGAAAUUUAUAAGUUUUAACAAAAAAAUAAUCUGUAUGAAACACUGCCCCUCAAAAGACAGUAUUGCACCCCUCUGAGGUUCUGCGCCCUGGGUAGUGAUAAUAAAAUGUUACUCAUGCUUAUAAAAAGUUGCUUCCCUGUUGGCAGCCAGAGCUGGGCCUCUGCAGCAGAAGUUCUUUGAGGUGUUUCCUGGCAGAAUGAGACUGAGACAAAGCCUCUGGGAAUGUUGUGUUUGUUGUUUGGGCUGAACUUGUACAACCAAUAAAGAGAGGUUUCCAGUCUCCUCGGUUGUUAAUCUCAGAGUUUGGCACAAACAGCCAGCAUUUUUACUGUGCACAAAUUCUCUUUCUUCUUUAAAGUCAUGUUCGACUUGCUUGAGGUUACUUUUUACGUGCCCCUGGAGUGUGUGGCGGGAGAGGCCUAAUGAGUGAGAAGCAAUGUGAAACCUUUUUUAUUGCCGUGUGUGAAGGCUUACAGACUGACGUGCUGUGGCAGGGGAUAUGGGACCUGUGGCCCCGCAGACAUUGAUGGGUUUCUAUUCCCAUCAGCUCCAGCUCCCAGCAUGGCCAGUGGUCAAGGCUGAUGGGAGCCAUAGUCUGACAACAUCUGAUGGGCCUCAGGUCUCCCCACUCCUGUGCUUCAGGAAACAUGAUCCUGGUGGUGUUUACCUCUGAAAUCUCAAAUGCCACAAAUCUACUGAUGGAACUCCAGGUUGGGCUGUGUUACUCACAGAUUCUACUUAGACAGCAUUAGAAGUCAUGUGGCUGCCAAUUAAGUGCAUGGUCAGGUGACCCAGGGAACCAAUAAAGUCCACGGCUAUCUGAUGCAUGGAUGAAAACUAGCAAAGAUUGGGGAAGGGCCUGACCACAGUGCAGAGGUACCAGCUUGCAAGGGAGAUUGUGGGGAGGGGUGCUAAUGACAUGUGUAAUGUUGUGCACAGCAUCAGGAUGUUGACAAUCAUAGAACUGUAGAGUUGGAAGGGACCCUGAGGAUCACCUGGUCCAACUCCCUGCAAUGCAGGAAUAUAGUAAUAAAAUAAUAAUAAUAAUUUUUUAUUUAUAUCCCGCCCUUCCUGGUUCAAAAACCAGGCUCAGGGCGGCUAACAACAAAUUUAAAACACUUAAUUAUAAAAGCAGCAUAAAAUAUAGUAUAAAAACAUGAAUAACAAUAAAAUUCAAAAAUCAAUCAGAUAAUCCCCAGGGCUAGCUGGCUGAAUUGGCCCUACUUGGGCCAGCGAGGAGGCCAGGGAAGAAUUAGCUGUGGGGUCUCAGAGCGGGUGAUCAUCAUAAAAGGGGAGGGGGAGGGAAGAGAAGGGAAAUAAAAGAUAAGGCUGAAUUCAAAUUAAAGGCCAGGUGGAAUAGCUCUGUCUUACAGGCCUGACGGAAGGUGGUUAAACCCUGAAGGGCCCUGGUCUCAUGGGACAGAGCAUUCCACCAGGUCGGAGCCAUCACUGAAAAGGCCCUGGCCCUGGUGGAGGAUAGUCUGACUUCCUUAGGGGCUGGGACCUCUAAACGAUGGUUAUUCAUGGACCUCAAGGUCCUCUGUGGGACAUACCAAGAGAAUAUGUAGCUGUCCCAAAAAGGGAUUGAACCUGCAGCCUUGGUGUUAUCAGCACCAUGCUCUAACCAACUGAGCUAUCCAGUGUGGCUCCUCUCUGGCACUUGGCCUCUUCCUUCUCCUGCUGCUGUCACCACUGGCCAGGGGCCACUUCCCUUGUCUUUUCCUUACACGGCAGGAGGAGGAGGAGGAGCUGUUGGCCGCUGAAGCCAUGCUGCUCUCAACUCCAUGCUUGCCCUUCUCUGCCCCCUGAUUUUAUUUUGCUUUUUGCCAAUUAAUUUUCAUUGCUUUUCAAAAACGUUAACCAAUUUAACAUCACAUUAAUUCAAACUGAAUGCAAAUUUAAAAACGACUUCCACCCCGCCAUCUUGAUGUUUCGAUUUCCACCCUUAUUAGCUGCUCAAUAUUACAUACUUUUUCAAAUGACAUUUCAAAAACUUAAAAUAUUUUAGCAUUUUAUCUUUGAUUUGUUUGAUUUUCUUCAUCUUCAUUUCCCAUCAGCUGUUCAUUUUUUAUUCCUUCUAGACUUAACUAUAACAUAUUACCUAAUGUCCCUGUUUUGACCAUUGGUGGGGCCUGCCCCCUCCCUCCCAAAAGAGCUGGGCCCCAAGGAUUUGGUCCUUAUUCCUCAGUGAACAAGCUUAUGAUUUGCACCCAGAACUUCCUUGUUACCUGCUAUCUUAGAUCAUUUUAAUGGGAGAUGCCACAGGUGAAACCUAUGGCCUUCUGCAUGCAGAACAUGCACCCAGCCACAGAAUCAUGCCUUCUCCUAAACUAGCAGACCACUUGGGUCCUAGGGUUUUUAACCAACACUGACAGGGUUUCCAUCUGGCAACUAAAAGAUUUCCCUCCUCCCAUUAGCUUCAAAUGUGCUGCUGAAUCAUGAGAUGGGAGCCCUGUAGUUUGCAUGGGGAAGAGGCCAUAGCUUAGUGGUAGAGCAUCUUCUUUGUGUACAGAAGGUCCCAGGUUCACCCCCACCAUGUCCUCGUAGGGCUGGGGAAGAUUCCCUGCCUGAAACCCUGGAGAGCAACAUAGAUGCACCAAUGGCUUGACUCGGUAGAAGACAGCUUCCUAUGUCCCUAUGAUGGACUCAAGGGCAUCCUGAUCAAAUUUGCAGAUGACACCAAACUGGGAGGGGUGGCUAACACCCCAGAGGACAGGAUCACACUUCAAAACGACCUUGAUAGAUUAGAGAACUGGGCCAAAACAAACAAGAUGAAUUUUAACAGGGAGAAAUGUAAAGUAUUGCACUUGGGCAAAAAAAUGAGAGGCACAAAUACAAGAUGGGGACACCUGGCUUGAGAGCAGUACAUGUGGAAAGGAUCUAGGAGUCUUGGUUGACCACAAACUUGACAUGAGCCAACAGUGUGACGCGGCAGCUAAAAAAGCCAAUGCAAUUCUGGGCUGCAUCAAUAGAAGUAUAGCAUCUAGAUCAAGGGAAGUAAUAGUUCCACUGUAUUCUGCUCUGGUCAGACCUCACCUGGAGUACUGUGUCCAGUUCUGGGCACCACAGUUCAAGAAGGACACUGACAAACUGGAACGUGUCCAGAGGAGGGCAACCAAAAUGGUCAAAGGCCUGGAAACAAUGCUUUAUGAGGAACGGCUAAGGGAGCUGGGCAUGUUUAGCCUGGAGAAGAGGAGGUUAAGGGGUGAUAUGAUAGCCAUGUUCAAAUAUAUAAAAGGAUGUCACAUAGAGGAGGGAGAAAGGUUGUUUUCUGCUGCUCCAGAGAAGCGGACACGGAGCAAUGGAUCCAAACUACAAGAAAGAAGAUUCCACCUAAACAUUAGGAAGAACUUCCUGACAGUAAGAGCUGUUCGACAGUGGAAUUUGCUGCCAAGGAGUGUGGUGGAGUCUCCUUCUUUGGAGGUCUUUAAGCAGAGGCUUGACAACCAUAUGUCAGGAGUGCUCUGAUGGUGUUUCCUGCUUGGCAGGGGGUUGGACUUGAUGGCCCUUGUGGUCUCUUCCAACUCUAUGAUUCUAUGAUUCUAUGAUUCCCUGUGUUCCAGUUGACUUUAAAAGGAACUUAGAUUGCUAGAGGAUAUAUCUAUCACUAGCUCUUAGUCACAAUGACUAAAUGAUUCAGAUUCAGAGGCAGUAUUGACACUGAAUGGUUGGCUAUUGGGGAGAAGUAGAGCGUGCUAUGCCACUAUGUCUCAUUUGAGAGGUUCUCAGAUGUUUCUGAGAACAUUUGGCCAUUGUGGUAAGCGAUACAGUGGUGUCUUGGUUCUCAAACUUAAUAUGUUCCAGAAGUCCGUUCGACUCCCGAAACCAUUUGAAAACCAAGGUGUGGCUUCCGAUUGGCUGCAGGAGCCUCCUGCACUCAGCGGAAGCCAUGUCGGACAUUCGGCUUCCAAACCACAUUCGGACACCAGACCACUUCCUUCUGGGUUGUGGGUGUUCGGGAGCCAAUUUGUUUGUCAACUAAGCCGUUUGAGAACCAAGGUAUGACUGUAUGUUGGACAAGAUGGCUCUCUGGUCUGAUCCAGAAGGUUCUUCUCAAGUAUUCUUGUACCUUCCUGAUGGCUGCACAUAGUCAUGGGUGACUAACAGGUAUGCAGAGACAACCUGCAUGAUUUUAUCUAAGUUCCCUUUACUCUCACAGGUCAUGCAAAGGCUGCCUGUGUCUGACCUUGCAGGUUUGGGGCAGAAUCAGUGCAAAGGCAAUUUUAGCUGAGAGGUAUUCAGCUUCAACAUAUGCAUUUCUGAUGUUUGUUUAUUUAAAAUUUAUAGACCAUUGCUCUGCUCUAUCAAAGCUUCCAAUGCACUUCACAGUUCAAACAAAAAACAAAUGUGGUAUUAAAAUCAGUUCUACAAUCAAAGCCAUGAAUACUAAAGCGUUUGGAAUUAGAUGAACUUCUGUUUAUUGUUCUGUUCUCCUAAACGAGUUAUUGUUGCAUAUUGUGUAAUGCUACAUUUUAAUAAGCGCUUGAUGGUUCAAGUGUUUAUAUGAACCUGUAACUUAAUUUAUUGAGGGGGGUUGUAAAUUGACUUAAGGAAAGGCAGGAUAUCAGCACAGAAAAGUAAAGUAGCAGUCAUCACUUGAAGUUAUAGUCAUCACCUGAUAAAUAUUCUGGUUGAACAUAUCCUUGUUUUGGACUGAACAACCUGUUUGUUGCAAAUUCAGCCAUUUGGCCAGCAUUUGUAUCAACAAAAGCAAAAAUGCUGGUAUGACUAGCUGGGCCUAAUACUGAGUUUUUCCUCUUCCACUUAGGAAACUUCUGCUUGGAGGACCUAACUAA